CACCUUAAGAGGGCGUGGCUACAAAAAAUGUCAUGGCGUCCUCCGUUGAUUUGACUUUACCGUUUUCUUACUAAAAUAAAAAUUAUAUAUCAUAACCGGCUACCACAAAUAUUAAGUACAAAUAAUAACCUGUUCUGCGGAUCCAACCAUGGGGGCCGUCCACGCAAGGAGCCUUGACCCUCUCCCCAUGAAGGGACCCGAGCUGGGUGUUCAUGCCGAUGACAUCGAAACGUCAGAUGUUGAGAAGGAAACUAAGCAAGAAGUUCUUGAAAACAAAAAUGUGGUAGUUCAAAAAGUCCACAUAGAUGGGCUGGGAAAAACAAAGGAAGACUUCCUGACUUAUGAAAUUUCCGAGGUGUUUCGAGCAAAGAACCUAAUAGACGUAAUGAAGAGGUCUCAUGAAGCCAGACAGAGACUGCUGCGUCUUGGUAUCUUCAGAAAAGUGGAAGUUGUCAUUGACACCUCACAAGGAGUUGAUGCCCUUCCCAACGGUUUGGAUGUUACGUUUGAGGUGACAGAGCUCAGGCGCAUGACAGGCAGUUACAACACCAUGGUGGGCAACAAUGAAGGAAGCAUGGUACUUGGUCUGAAGCUCCCAAAUACAUUUGGUAGCGCAGAGAAGCUGACGUUCCAGUUCUCUUACGGCACUAAAGAAACGUCCUAUGGCCUAUCUUUUUUUAAACCUCAAGCAGGGCACUUCGAACGAAACGUCUCUGUCAAUCUAUACAAAGUCACAGGACAGUUUCCAUGGAGCUCACUGAGGGAGACCGAUCGAGGCGUCUCCACAGAAAUUAGUUUCCCUGUGUGGAGGACCAACCACACCCUCAAGUGGGAGGGAGUGUGGAGAGAGCUUGGCUGCCUGGCACGGACUGCAUCUUUCGCUGUCAGGGAGGAGAGCGGGCACUCCCUCAAGUCGUCACUAUCGCACACAAUGGCCAUUGAUACCAGAAACUCCUCCAUCUUGCCGAGGAAAGGAGGUCUCUUCAAGGUUCACCAGGAAUUGGCAGGUUACUUCGGUGGAGAUGCUCGCUUCCUGAAGGAAGACUUUGAGAUUCAAUUGAACAAAAGUCUUUUCUGGGACUCGGUUCUGUCAACCUCGCUAUGGGGUGGCUUGCUGCUUCCCAUCGGUGAUCAGCCCACAAGCAUCGCAGACAGGUUCUAUCUUGGUGGACCCACGAGUGUCCGAGGUUUCAGCAUGUAUAGCAUGGGCCCACAGAGUAAAGGUGACUACCUGGGAGGGGAGGCCUACUGGGCUGGGGGUCUCCAUCUCUACACGCCCCUCCCCUUCAGACCAGGCAAGGGGGGCUUCGGUGACCUCUUCAGAACGCACUUCUUCCUCAAUGCCGGGAAUCUGUGUAACCUCAACUAUGGUGAAGGCCCCCAAGCCCACCUGAGCAAGCUUGCCGAGUGCAUACGCUGGUCGUACGGAGCAGGUAUUCUGCUGCGGCUGGGAAACAUCGCCCGGCUGGAGCUCAACUACUGCAUCCCAAUGGGAGUCCAGAGCGGAGACAAGAUCUGUGAUGGAGUCCAGUUCGGAGCAGGAAUUCGUUUCCUGUGAUUUAUCAUCCUUGCUUUGGAGCGAUAUUCAAGACUUGCAAUACCUUUAUGUUAUUAUAUUACAACCUACUUUAUCAACUAAGCACGUUUAAGUGGCUAUUAUGAAAAUCCACAAUUGGAAUAUGGCAAGAUGGAUCAUUCUCCAAAUAAUGCUCUAAUCAGAAGCGACAGGGCGAAAAUACAUUCUGAGAUGAAUUUCCCUUAAUCACUUACUGUACAACUAACAAAGUCAUUAUGUCUGCGACAUUUUUAUCUUAACAAAUAUUUUUUUGGAAUCAUGGUCAAAUGGUCAAUGGUCAAAAAUGUAUUCAGUCCAUUUGUUAGCCAGAUACCAAAAACAUUUACUUUUUUACUGAACCCAUUGCUAUUGUUGAAAUUCCCAUAAAUCCAUCCACUAUCCACGUUAUCAAUCCAGAUCCAGGUUUAUUUCUCCCUAAACAUUUUCUGCCUUCUGUUUUGUUUUGUAAACUUUUCAUUAAAUGCCUACUUCUGUUCACCUUC